AUGCCCUUGGCCUUGAGAUGGAUGAUUGGCUGGAGGGGUGGGGCUGGCUUGGCCGUACUCGUGAUCCUGGCCACACUCCAUCCCAUCGUUGCCAAGAUUCGUCGACGUAGUGAUAGACCACGCUCUGGGACACUUGAAAUUCUCUCAGACGCAAACGAUGCUAAGUUCGAGAUCAUCGCCGUCCACGGCCUCGGGGCGGAUCCAGAUCGCACGUGGACCCAAGCCGUCGAAAGAACCCAAGAACGCGAAGCUGCCGAACAUCGACCUGCACAUGAUCCGGCGAGGAUCCACCUGCUUCAAGAUUUACUCAAAUCCGACUUCCCUCAAGCUAGAAUCCUGAGCUUUAAGCAUAACUCGAACUGGCUGACUGAUGCGCCCGUGAAGACGACCGAGGAGAUUGGCAAAAGCCUGCUGGAGGAGAUAAAGGCUAAGCGAUUAUCCCGACGCCUUCCUAUCAUCUUCAUCGGACACAGCCUAGGCGGUAUCAUCAUCAAGCAGGCUUUAUGUAGGGAUGAUUCUCAAGAGAUCAUCGAUGACACUUCUGGCAUCAUUUUCCUCGGAACCCCUCAUCAGGGUUCGUCGGUGUCUGCUUCUGGCGCUGUUUUGGCCUUCAUGACCGGUUUCCUGGGGUCGGACACAACAUUGCUCCAGUCUCUGAAGAGUCAUGACGGCCAGCUCAGCAAUCUCGCGGACAGAUUUCAGUCUCGCAAGGUCCCGAACCAAGAUCAACCACAGAAAUUCCAAGUCAUAUCUUUUUACGAGACAAAGCCUACCUAUUUACUUGGGUGGCAAUCGCUGGGCCUGGUUGUUUCACGGGACUCAGCUGCAGUCCACAUGGAUAAACAGUAUAGUAUCGACACCGAUCAUUCCAGACUCAACAAGUGUGCGGGGCCGGAAGAUAAGCUGUAUAUGAAGCUGAAGGAGGCAAUAGGCCGCCUGAAGGAUCCAUCACUGCUCGAACAAGCCGACACACUGAUACGCAACGACCACUACACGGAAGAGAGGCUCAAAAUUGAACGACUCUCGGGUGACCUGCUGUCGAUGGAUCAGUGCUACAUCAAUCUUGCCAUUGUGGACCAGUCUGGCCAAGAUGCAGGUCGCUUAAAGGAAGGGGACCCUACGCCCUCCCCGUUUUCCCUCUUUACUCGACAGAAGGUUGAGACACCAGACGAGACGAUCCAGGUCAAGCUGGCGACAAUCUUCAACCAACGCAAAGGACGCGAUGGUCGCACGAUGCAACCAAGAAGAAUCUUGAUCCGAGGACGUGCGGGAGUUGGUAAGACUACCUUGUGCAAAAAGAUGGUCUACGACUUUACCUAUGGUAUACAGACAGAUUUGCAUCACUCAUGGACGGUGUUGUUCGACCGCCUGCUCUGGGUACCUCUACGGAAUAUAAAAGAGCGGUCAGCGGCAGGAUACAACCAUGAGGACCUAUUCUACCAUGAAUAUUUCUAUGGACAGGGUCAUGAGGAUGGCCGCUGUCUCGCCAAAGAAUUAUGGCGAGAAGUGAAGAGGACCAACAGGAUAAAAAGUGGUAAAACCCUGUUUGUCCUCGAUGGUCUGGAUGAAGUAUCCCACGACUUGGAUCGCAACGACGACAUGUCUCGUUUUCUCAAGGAUCUUUUAGAUCAGCCUAAUGUCAUUAUCACAUCCCGACCAAAUGCUAACAUUUUGGGUGGCCUUGGAGAUCUCGAUCUCGAAUUGGAAACAAUCGGAUUCUAUCCAGAUCAAGUGAAAGCCUACAUCGAGGCGGACCCCAAAGUAAAGCCAAAGGCCAACGAGGUCCAGUCCUUCCUUCAACACCAUUGGCUUAUCCAGGGCCUGGUGCGUAUCCCAAUUCAGCUGGAUGCGCUUUGCUACACCUGGGAAGAUUUUGAUUCCGGAACUGUGACGAAUACCAUGACUGGUAUUUAUAAAGCUAUCGAGCAAAGGCUGUGGAAGAAGGAUAUCGUGCGACUACAGAAGCAGCAUGGCGGGCGGCUGGUAACGGCUUCUGACAUCGACCCCUCUUGUGUCGAGGACUUAGUCGAGGAUGAGAUCUGUUUCCUUGAAGGCCUUGCUUUCACCGGACUGUACAACAAUAUGAUAGACUUUACGUCAAAGCAUCGGAACGCUAUAUCUAAGCACUUCAAGUCCAAGGAACUUUUACUCGAUAAGACAAUUCCAUGCCUCUCUUUUCUACGAACGUCGGACCCUUUAUCAAAGAACCCCAUGUAUCAUUUUCUACACCUAACCUUUCAGGAGUACUUCGCGGCGCGGUAUUUUGUACGAAAUUGGCUAGCUUGUCAGCCGCUCAAAUGUCUGGAACCUAACAGCAAAAAGGUCAAGCAGAUCUCUCCCUGCAAGUUUCUUCAGAAGCACAAAUACUCGGCACACUAUGAUGUCUUUUGGCGCUUUGUUGCCGGCUUACUUGAAGCUGAAGGAGAGGACGAGAUCCUCAGGUUCUUGAACACAAUCGAAGAGGAACCCCGGGACCUUUUGGGGCCCACACACCAGCGGCUGGUUAUGCAUUGCCUGAGUGAAGUGGACUCUUCGACAAAUUUGCCAAUUCGAUCGAAGCUGGAAGCAAAGCUAUCACAGUGGCUGCUCUUCGAAUGUGACUUGACAGGAUCCUCACUAUUAGCAAGAGAAUCAGAGUGCCCAGACCAAGCCCUGCGCACCGCCCUGGCAACUGAUACUGGCCACGGAAGAGUGGGUAUUCUAGAAGCACUGCAGCAUCCUGGCAGACACUUAUCCGAGGCAGCGGUUGCAGCGGCGGUGGCGCUGCUCAAGGACGACAAAGCGGCUGUGCGAGACAACGCCGCCCAAGCCUUAGGGCGCCAAUCGAGCCUACCGGAGGCGGCGGCGACGGCGCUGGUGGCACUGCUCAAGGACGACAACGCGGCCGUGCGACAUACGGCCCAAGCCUUAGAGCGCCAAUCGAGCCUACCGGAGGCGGCGGUGACGGCGCUGGUGGCGCUGCUCAAGGACGACGACGCGGCCGUGCGACAUACCGCGGCCCAAGCCUUAGGGCGCCAAUCGAGCCUACCGGAGGCGGCGGCGACGGCGCUGGUGGCACUGCUCAAGGACGACAACGCGGCCGUGCGAGACAACGCCGCCCAAGCCUUAGGGGGCCAAUCGAGCCUACCGGAGGCGGCGGUGACGGCGCUGGUGGCGCUGCUCAAGGACGACGACGCGGCCGUGCGACACGAGGCCAACUAUGCCUUAGGGGGCCAAUCGAGCCUACCGGAGGCGGCGGUGACGGCGCUGGUGGCGCUGCUCAAGGACGACAACGCGGCCGUGCGACGCGAGGCCAUCCAAGCCUUAUGGGGCCAAUCGAGCCUACCGGAGGCGGCGGUGACGGCGCUGGUGGCACUGCUCAAGGAUAACGACGGGGCCGUGCGACGUAGGGCCGCCGAAGCCUUAGAGCGCCAAUCGAAUUUGUUAGACAAGAUCCUCAUAGCUAUUGGGUUAUUGCUGGAAUCCGAGAGAACAGCUGAGACUACGAGCUCUACCCUUCGCAAUCCUCAACCUGUGGAAUUUUUAUAUGAGAGUUUGCUAUGGCGCAGUUUUAAGGAACAAUUUAGCUUGUAUAUUGAUAAUGGCCACAGCUCUUGCAUCAUCAACCAAGCGAGUGGACUCCGAACAGCCUCUUUUGAGCAUAGCAGCCAGUGCGACGAAUUCCUAGCCGUAGUAGGGAAAGGUCGUGAACUUUGGAAUACCCGUGGCUACAAGUUGUGGGACAGUUUGAAGGAAUAA